AUGCAACUGGUUAUUAACCAAUCAUGGUUUAUUCCUGUUGAUAUUAUCAAUAUUCUAUCUCCUACUUUAGCUAUUCUACUAUCUGUAGUAUUUAUAUCUUUGAUAAUCUUCGAGAAAACAUGUCACACAGUUCCCAUGAUACUUGUUUUGAAUUCAUUGGUUGCUCAACUUUUCACUGCUAGUGUUUUAUUAUGGAUAGUUAUAUCUACUUUUAUAAAUGAUCUUUAUCAAAGAUACUAUCGAUAUUCCUACUGUACUUUUCAGGGUUAUAUUAGUUAUGUUGCAGUUGCUGGAUUGUUUUAUUCAUAUUUCUUACAAGCAAUAUACCGUUAUUUGAUAGUCGUUUAUCCAACACAACUGGUAUGGCAAUCGAGUAAAUUCCAAUGUUUUCUUAUUAUUGGAAAAUGGAUUGUUAGUUUUCUAUACGCUUUUCCCCAAUUAUUUACAGUGUAUAAUAUCAUUUAUAUUUAUUUGAUUCCCAUGAAUGGUAUUAUGCUUAUAUAUUUUAAGUUAAUUCGGUAUAUGAAAGAAAUGAAUAAACAUGUCACACCUGCAAAUACUUUAUUGCGUGCACAAAGAGAACUGAAAAUGGUACGUCGAAUUGUGAUAAUUGUGCUUAUUUUAUUGGUAUUUGGCAGUCCCUACACGAUUUUUACAUUUAUGGGAUUUUUUUGCUCACCCACCAAUAUAUCAUUUUCGUAUUGCUAA